GCACAGCAGCAACUGGGCCGGGGUGUGCGGUUUUUUGACGCUUCUCGGGUUAUUGAUAAUCAUCAUUAUGGUCGUACUUCUGUCCUUAGGAGACAGUGAGAUGGAGGAAGAAGAAGGUGCGCCAGGUCGAUCUGGAGGUGGACCAUCUGGAGGUGGACCAUCUGGAGGUGGACCAUCUGGAGGUGGGACCAACGGAGGUGGGACCAACGGAGGUGGGACCAGCGUAGGUGGAGCAACCAACGUGUCGUUGGUUGUUCCUGAGGCGCCGACACCACGAUCCGUUAAAAAGGCGACUCGGAGACCAAAACCUCGGCCGACGACACCAACGCCAACAAUUCCAACAACUCCAACAACUCCAACAACUCCAACAACUCCAUCAACUCCAAGAACGACGACUACGCCACCCCCUCCUCUGCUGUGCUCGGUUGGGACGCAGACGGCGAUUUCCAAGAUCUUCCCGCCGGAAAAUUCAUGCGACAUCAUCAUAUACACGCACGUGCGCGUGUUCGACAGAGCUGUGAUUGGGUCCGUCAACGACAUCAGCUACCAGGCAUUCAGGAACGCCUGCAGCACUUACGUUGACACCUCGUGCGGUUUGUCCUUCGACAGCCGGUACCUCGAAAAGGACAUGUUUCAGAACGUGGAAGUUAUGGACGACCUGGACGCGUUGAAGCAGCACCACCGGGUCAACCACUACGGCAUCCUGAACAUCAUCGCAGAUUCCGCACAUCUCGAAAAGCUCGCAACCGUGACCGCGACUGAUACACUCAAGGUAAUGCGGAGGCUGCUGGGCUCAAACAGAGAACUCAACAAAGUCUUCGUGGGCGUUGGCUCCUACUUCUACAAUGACAAAAAUGCAUGGUCGAUCCUGGAGAACACUGCGCAGAACCUCGCAUUGCUUGAUGUGGACAUCGUGGUGAUACUGGCCACAAUUGUGACGAUGCCGAGCAACCUACGAUGCAGAACGCUGCCUGUCAACGCUUUAAAGAGCCGGGACAGGCAUACACCCACUCUGGACAAGGCCUACCGUAUGGCGAAGUCACGAUUCUCGAGGUCGGAUCUCGUCGUGGCCUUCGCACUGCAGAUGGGCGUCGCCGUUUACAGCUUCAAUAAACGACCCUAUAACGCCACGAGUGGGCUGUCCCAACCAUGCACUGGCUUCGGCAUCUCGGACUACUCUCAGGCGUGCCAGGUGCCACAGACGGACCUCGACAUUGAGAAGACAGCCGUCGGCCAAGAAUCCGAGGCGCAGUCCCAGCGACACAAGAAGCAUAAGCUGUUGGCGUUUGACACGCUCAAGCACCUUCUUGACAAGGCCGCGAACAUCAUGCAGAGAUCCGACGUACGGACCAACUUCACGUGGUUGUUGCUCAACGCUGACCUGACAGACUUAAGGAAGCACUGUCUCGGACAACCCUUCGAGCGCGUAAAGCGAUUCAGAGACUUUUACUACCGGCAAGCACAGAUGCCGAAGGGUUAGCCACAUACCCUGCUGCUGUGUGGUAAUUGCCCAACGACGUACAGGUGUCGCACUGUUUUGCGAGCCGUCCUGUAAUGUGUCUGUGGGCGGGAUUUUUCGUUAGCCCUACGUGACCAGGUAGAAAAAAAAGCCUAUAUUUUUAUUUAGCGUAUGUUAGCGGUACUGCAUGCGAUAAACACAUUGUGGUCAAACGGUUUUUGACUUUUCCCUUUGCUCUUGUAAA